GGGAGCCGAGUGGAACGCUACGCGGCGGGGCCAUGAGCGGCUCCAGGGCUCCGGGCCCCGAGGCGGGCGCCUCCGGGGCAGAGCCCCCAGGGGCGGCGCUGAGCGUGGACGUGGCAGGGCUGCUGGCACAGCUGGCGCGCAGCUUCGCGCUGUUGCUGCCGGUGUACGCGCUGGGCUACCUGGGCCUGAGCUUCAGCUGGGUGCUACUGGCUCUCGGGCUGCUCGUGUGGUGCCGCAGGAGCCGCGGCCUUAAGGCCACCCGCCUGUGCCGCGCGCUGGCGCUACUGGAGGACGAGGAGCGCGCCGUGCGCCUCGGGGUGCGCGCCUGCGACCUGCCGGCCUGGGUUCAUUUUCCAGACACUGAGAGAGCAGAAUGGCUAAAUAAGACUGUAAAACACAUGUGGCCUUUUAUUUGCCAGUUUAUAGAGAAGUUGUUUCGAGAAACCAUAGAGCCAGCCGUGCGGGGCGCACACACCCACCUCAGCACCUUCAGCUUCACGAGGGUGGACAUGGGGCAGCAGCCCCUUAGGAUCAAUGGUGUUAAGGUGUAUACUGAAAAUGUCGACAAAAGGCAGAUUAUUUUGGACCUUCAGAUUAGUUUUGUAGGGAAUUGUGAGAUCGAUCUGGAGAUCAAGCGAUAUUUUUGUAGAGCUGGUGUGCAGAGUAUACAGAUUCAUGGUACAAUGCGGGUGAUCCUGGAACCAUUGAUUGGAGACAUGCCCUUAGUAGGAGCUUUGUCUAUCUUCUUCCUUAGGAAGCCACUUUUAGAAAUUAACUGGACAGGACUGACUAAUCUUCUCGACAUUCCUGGAUUGAAUGGUUUAUCAGAUACUAUCAUUUUGGAUAUAAUAUCAAACUAUCUGGUGCUUCCCAAUCGAAUCACAGUCCCUCUUGUCAGCGAAGUUCAAAUCGCUCAGCUGCGGUUUCCUGUACCAAAGGGUGUCCUGAGAAUACACUUUAUUGAAGCUCAGGAUCUUCAGGGAAAAGACACUUACCUUAAGGGACUUGUCAAGGGGAAGUCAGACCCCUACGGAGUGAUUCGAGUUGGCAACCAGAUCUUCCAAAGCAAGGUCAUCAAGGAGAACCUCAGUCCGAAGUGGAACGAGGUGUAUGAGGCUCUGGUCUAUGAACAUCCCGGACAGGAAUUGGAGAUCGAGCUCUUUGACGAAGACCCAGACAAGGAUGACUUCCUCGGAAGUCUUAUGAUUGAUCUUAUUGAAGUUGAAAAGGAGCGCCUUUUAGAUGAAUGGUUCACCCUGGAUGAGGUGCCCAGAGGGAAGCUGCACUUGAAGCUGGAGUGGCUCACGCUCAUGCCUGACGCGUCGAACCUCGAGCAGGUGCUGACAGACAUCAGAGCUGACAAAGACCAAGCCAAUGACGGGCUGUCCUCCUCGCUGCUCAUCUUGUACUUGGACUCGGCCCGGAACCUUCCGUCUGGGAAGAAAAUAAACAGCAACCCAAAUCCUCUUGUCCAAAUGUCAGUUGGUCACAAGGCCCAGGAGAGCAAGAUUCGGUACAAAACCAAUGAACCUGUAUGGGAGGAAAAUUUCACCUUCUUCAUUCACAAUCCCAAGCGCCAGGAGCUCGAAGUAGAGGUGAGAGAUGAGCAGCACCAGUGUUCCCUGGGGAACCUCAGGAUCCCUCUCAGCCAGCUGCUCGCCCGUGAGGACAUGACCCUAAACCAGCGGUUCCAGCUCAGCAACUCAGGUCCCAACAGCUCGCUGAAGAUGAAGCUCGCCCUCAGGGUGCUCCACCUUGAGAAGCAGGAGAGGCCUCCAGACCACCAGCACUCGGCUCAAGUAAAACGGCCCUCUGUGUCCAAGGAAGGGAGGAAAGUCUCCGUCAGGCCUCAGAUGUCUGCGUCGCCGGGCUCGGUUGACAGCGGCACGGCCCCAUCCACGCCGGUUGCUGGGAGUGGCGAGAGGCCUGGCGUGGAGGAGCGAGGCCCGCCCGCGGAGGCCGGCCUGCAGGGCCCGAGGGACCUCGGCCGGAGCUCCUCCAGCCUCCAGGCGGGCCCCGCCGGCUCCCCCAGCCACAUCUCCGUCAAGGAGCCCACCCCAAGCAUCGCCUCGGACAUCUCGCUGCCCAUUGCCACGCAGGAGCUGCGGCAGAGGCUGCGCCAGCUUGAGAAUGGAACCACCCUGGGACAGUCCCCACUGGGGCAGAUCCAGCUGACCAUCCGGCACAGCUCGCAGAGGAACAAGCUGGUGGUGGUCGUGCACUCCUGCAGAAAUCUCAUCGCCUUCUCUGAGGAUGGCUCCGAUCCCUACGUCCGCCUGUAUUUGUUACCAGACAAGAGGAGGUCAGGAAGGAGGAAAACACACGUGUCAAAGAAAACGCUGAAUCCUGUGUUUGAUCAGAGCUUUGAUUUCAGUGUCUCACUGCCAGACGUGCAGAGAAGAACCUUGGAUGUGGCCGUGAAGAACAGUGGCGGCUUCCUGUCCAAAGACAAAGGGCUUCUUGGCAAAGUACUGGUUGGCCUGGCAUCUGAAGAGCUCGCCAAAGGCUGGACCCAGUGGUACGACCUCACAGAAGAUGGGACGAGGCCCCACGUGGUGACGUAGGCCGCACAUCAGGAAGCCGUCGAUGCAGCUGCCCGCCCUGCCCCAGCACCCUACACACACACCCCGCAGACACACCCAGCUGCCCCGCACCGACACACCCCUCCCCACCGCCCGCACCGCACCCAUGCUCUUUUUAUAACUUCACGUACUUGGUCACUGGCCCCCUGACGGUUUUAUAAAAUGUUGAUAUUUUAGGCGUAUUUCGCCAAUAUUAGUAUUAAGUUUUGUAUGUUUAAAUUUCCUCUAGUAUUUCACCAGUUGUUACGGCGUGUGUAGCAUAUCAGCCAGCUGUUGUGUGUGUAAAGCUGUAUGUCGGCUGUCUCUCCUAGGAAGCCGAUGUAUGGACCUGCUUAUUAUUGCCUUGUUUUGUAUAUCACUGAGGUGUACUAUGCUAUAUAAAGAGACUAUUUUUUAUGAUCUCUACAUGCUGGUUUGAAAUUCAGAGAAAAUGGAUCAAGGAAAUAUAUAUAUUUUUUUCUUCUAAAACUUAUUAAAUUCUUAUUACAAAUAAUCAUUUUUGUCUUUGCAGGAAAAAGUUCUCAGUGACCUAUUUUGUGGUGUUUCUUUUUAAAAAGAAAAGCUGAAAGAUUAGUAAAUGCUAGUAUAUUUCUGCUCAUUAUGAAUGGUAAAAGAAUGUAUGCAAAAUAUUUACACUUUCAUAAAUAUAAAGAUGUAUUAUAAGGAAUCAGUUGUAGUGCUUAUAAGGAAAAAUGUUGUAUAACUGAGCAAUAUAAAAUAUCACAAGAAUUGUCACGGUUCAUAGUGCACUAAUCUGAAAUUUCUCACAUAAAGUAGAAUGUCUUAAGUUUAUUUUUAGUUGCUUGUUAUAACUUAUUCAUGAAACAGUAUAGAUACAUAAUCCUUUUCCUGAAAUAUAAUACUUCAAUGUUAGCAGUUAGUCUGUUGUGGAAUUUUCAGUGUUUUCUCAGCUGCAAAAGAAAGACUUAACUCAGGUUGUCUCUGCAGAGGCUGUGAGACAGGUCGGGGUGAGCAGAUAGGACAUGACGUGGGAAGCCGCCGCUGGCACACACGUGUCGGUGUGACGCACACGGGGCGGGGCUGGCGCGCGCGUGUUGGUGUGACACGCAUGGGGCGAAGCCGGCGCCUCCACCGCGGGGACUCGGGGGUCUGGACACGGCGGCAGCAGGCUGUCAGUAACCUCCUACUGGGUUUCUUCACCUCAUGCCGUGACUGACCUCAGUAUUGGGAUGUUGUUAUACAACUUUUAUUUGGGAGUAUUGUUUCUUCUUAGAUUAGGAAAAGCAUGUUUUAUAUCCAUGUAUAUAAAGGUCCCAAGCCUCUUGGGAGGUGAGAUUCCAUAGCCGUGCAGCAGCUAUGCAUGCCCUGAACACGGUGCACGUGUGCAGAAAGCUUUAAAUAUUCUAAGCUGCGGGAUGCAGAUGACUUCCUUAGCCAUGAGGACAUCCUCCAGCCCUGUGCAAAUACCGGGGGAAAGGCGGCUCUGAGCUUAGAGACCUCACCGUGCGUCCCACGUGAUUCCUGGACGCUCGCGCGGCCUGACUGCCCAAGUGCCUGUGGACGCUGCCUCUGCUCUGCCUCUCCUGCCCUCGGGGCUCAGCUCUGGCCGGUCAUACUUUGACCCCGGGGGCGGGGGGGAGCCCGGAGCUUCGCGGCACGUUUCUCGCAGCUGUGCAGACCCAGUGCCCUCGCAGCUUCCUGGGCCGUAAAGCGGUGAAGCCCCAGCAGAGACCACCUCCUCCAUCAGCGCGGGAGGCGUUGCGAACCUGGUGGCACGCACAGGAAACUGACUGGUGUUUCAGCAGCAGAAGAACAGGUCAUCACUAAAUCCACGGCCUGCCCAUGGUUUUAGGUUUAUUGGAGACUUUUUAAAAGUUGGGUUUGUUGUGGGAGUUCCCUGGCGGUCCAGUGGUAAGAGCCGGAUGCUUUCACUGCCAGGGACCUGGGUUUAACCUCUGGUCAGGAACUGAGAUCCCACACACCAUGAGGUACCCGCUUCUCCCCCCAAAAAUCAGGUUUUUUGAAGGGCUUCUGGCAUAAUUUGUAAAAGAAGGGAAACACUCACUGAAAUUUAGCACACCUGUGAUUCCUGCCAACAUCCCCAGUAUUUGGGUUUUGUAGCCAUGUACUUCACCUAUUCAACAUGUUUUACUUGAUGAAAUGCUUUAUGUAAGCAAUUAGGCAAAAUAAAUGACACGAAAGGUGCAAAACCCAAAAAACGCCAGUUAGCAGCACGAUGCCCACCUUUGUGUGGACAGUGGGGCCUGGACAGACCCAGCAGCCAGCACCAUUCUCUGCAAAGGGAAGGGAUGACUCUAAGGCCGGGACUCUGCCUUUAUGGCCGACGGGUGUUCAGAGGAAAGCUCUUGUGUCCGGUGGGGCAGCUGAGAGUUGGCUUUAGGCCAGACCCCCGGCUCCAUGAUCCUGGCAAUGGACAGUCUGUUCUCAGAACCUUCAUUGCCAGUUUUGAAUAACUGCUUCAUUUGGGAAAAGGGAACUUCAACUUUUCUACCUUGACCCAAGCCAAUGGAGGGAAAAUUAACGUUGCUUAUUUUGAAUUGUUACUUCAUUGCUUAUCCUGUGCCUUAAAGUGUGAAGUGUGAGGCCUUGCUUCAGGUUAAAACAGAAGACGCCUCGCAGCCGAGUUCACCACAGUUUAUUCCUCGUCAAGGGUCAGCCCUCCUUUGUCAGGAACUGAAGCCAAAUGCAAAUAGUGGUUGUUGCUUUAACGCCAUUCUAGCUGGACCAACCCCUGCAGACGGAACACAGCAGAGGGUUUUUUGGUUUUGUUUUUUAUUGUAAAAUGCCCUUUUUCCUCAGCUAAUUUUACAUGGCAGUGCGUGUGUUUAUUCAAUAAAACUGUCUGUGUCAU